CCGGCAUCGACGAGUGCUAGCGGACACAUUUUGAUUAAUUAAAAGAAUAACUCUUUUAAUUAAGCAACCUCUAAAAUGGCCAAGACCAAGCGUGAGAAGAAGCCGAAGUCGGCGAUCAACGAGGUGGUGACACGGGAGUGCACCAUUAACCUGAACCGACGCCUGCACAAGGUUGGUUACAAGAAGCGCUCCCCACGAGCAAUCAAGAUUGUUCGCAAAUUCGCUGAGAAGGAGAUGGGAACGACGGACGUCCGUAUUGAUACCCGCCUGAAUAAGGCCAUCUGGCACCGCGGAAUCCGGAACCCGCCUUUCCGCAUACGCGUGCGACUCUCCCGCCGUCGUAACGACGAUGAGGACUCACCUAACAAGCUGUACACGCUGGUCACAUACGUCGCGGUGCCUACGUUCAAGGAACUGCAAACCGAAAACGUUGAAUCGACUGAAGAUUAAACAGUGCGUUUGGACGAGGACGGAGCUUUGUAAAUAUUCAAAGGCCUCGUUCUGCGACCGGUUCGUUGGUGUAUGCGAAUAAAAAAGUGAGCGGAAAAGAGGAAAACAAAAUCGCUCUUUCAGUGUUGUUUAAUUAGCCGUCGCACUCCCGUGUUGUGUUGUGAAAAGGACAAUUUCAGCAACAGUAGUCAGUUCAUUAU